AAAUAUUAAAUUUUUUCUUAGAAGGCAUUAUGUGGAAGUUAAUUUUCAUCAGUUUGGUCGGCUUAGCGAUAGCCGAGAAGAUAAAAUAUGAUAAUUACAAGGUAUUUCGUAUCGCACCUCAGACAAAAGAACAAUUUGAAAUUGUGCGCAAUUUGGAAGAUGUUUCUGAUGCGUUCUCUUUCUGGAAAGAACCAAAUAGUAUUGAAGGUACUGCAGAUAUAAUGGUUGCUCCUCAUAAGAUACCAGAGUUUUAUGAUAUGAUGAUGAAAUUGAAUAUUCCUUAUGAUAUCUAUGUCAACAAUGUUCAGGAUUUAAUUGAUAGUGAAAUGUCACCGAUUCAACCACUAGUUGCAUUUAACUUCGCCCAAUAUCAUACUCUCGAGGAGAUCUAUGCUUAUUUAGAUAGUUUGGCCAAAGCCAAUCCUGGCAAAGUCGAAAUAGUUGUUGGUGGAAAAACAUAUGAAGGUCGUCAGAUUAAAGGCGUGAAACUUAAUUUCGGCACAAAUAAACCUGGAAUCUUCUUAGAGGGUGGAAUUCAUGCUAGGGAAUGGAUCACUCCCGCUACUCUUCUUUACAUAACGAAUGAACUAUUACAUAGUAAUAACGCUGAUGUCCGAGCACUUGCUGAAUCUCAUAAUUGGUACAUCUUUCCUACUAUUAAUCCUGAUGGAUAUGUAUAUACUCACACUACGAAUCGUUUAUGGAGAAAAACUCGUAAACCAUAUGGUCUUUUAUGCUAUGGAAGUGAUCCUAACAGGAAUUGGGGAUAUAAAUGGAUGUCUGGUGGUGCUAGCACCAAUCCAUGUUCAGAAACUUAUGCUGGAAGUUCUGCAUUCUCUGAUGUAGAAACAAAAAGCUUAUCCGAAUUCAUUUCAUCUAUUUCGAAUAAAUUUUCUGCUUACGUUGCUUUCCAUAGUUAUUCUCAACUUCUAAUGUUUCCCUAUGGUCACACUAAAGAUCAUUUGGAAAAUUAUAAUGAUGAACUUGCAAUCGGUAAAAAGGCUAUUCAAGCUCUUGCAAAACGUUAUGGAACUCAAUACCAAACCGGAAAUAUCGCUGAAACUAUUUAUAUUGCAAGCGGAAGUUCAGUGGAUUGGGUGAAAGGAACUUUUCACAAAUCAAUUACUUACACUUAUGAACUAAGAGAUACUGGUCGCUAUGGUUUCUUGCUUCCAGCUGAUCAAAUUAUCCCUACUAGUCAAGAAACCUUGGAUUCCCUGAUUGCCAUGUUUAAGGAAGCGAAAGCUCGAGGUUACAAAUAAAUACGAUUACAUAAUUAAAAAAUAUAUUAAAACAAUAUUAUUUGUUUCAUUAAAAUUACAAUAAAUUAAUAUAAUAAAUUAGUAUAAUAA